GACGACGAGGUCACGAUCGUCCGAGGCUCGUUCACGAACCGUGAGGGCCGCGUGACGCAGUGCUAUCGCAAGAAGUUUGUCAUCCACGCCGAGCGUGUCGUGACAGAAAAGGUCAACGGCGCCGCGCUCGAUAAGGACCGCAAGAAGAUCCUCGAGCGCAAAGGCAAGUUCACCGAGGCCGAUGUCGCGAUGGCCAACGUCGACUAA